CUCAAAGCUAUGGACUAUUCAGGGGCGCGAUCUCUUUGUCAGCUACGGGGUGGUCGGUUGUCCUUUCAGCACCCACAUGUGUGAAUAUUUCUCCUUCAAGGCUAUGUGCAUUGGCUAUAGAGGACCAACCCCGAGUUUAACCCUCCCUCAUGGUAUCCUGUUUCAGAGAUCUGUCUCGCUGCUCACACAGCUCAGCUGUCUCCUGUAGGUGUGUUUGCUUAUUCCUUCUUCCGCAAAUUUGAGCUGAUUCUACUUCCAUUGUAUUAGUAAGCCAUUUUAGGCAGUGCUGGAGAUUUUGAGGAUCUAUUUAAAUUGCUAAAUGUGCAACAGCAAGGUGAGAAAUUUGCACCUCGAGACUAGUGGAAAAUAGGACCUUAAACAUAAAACAGCGGGAGUCCUUACUAGAUGAAAACUGUACUCAAGAACUGGAUCAUUCUGUUCACGGAAGAGUAAUCGGUAGUAAACAUCAUCAAAAUAAGUGGCUUCAACCCAGGCCUCCAAUGACAGUACCAACUCCAAAAGUAUCAAUGCCCAACAGCUUGCCAAUGGAGACCUUCAACAGUUAUGGCUCUCUGUAGCUGGAGUAGUGAGUGGAGUACCCGUGCCUGUCUUCAUACAGGAAGGCAUGCCACAAACAUUGACUUCUACAAGUAUGUUUAAUACCAGUGGCUUUAGCCAUCAACUUCACCCAACCAAAGAAAAUGAACAUGAAAGGCUAAUAUUUCAGGAUGGUAACCUUAUCUCUGCAUCUUUAGAGGCUUUGAUCCAACAUCUCAUACCUACAGUUGAUUAUUAUCCUGAAAAAGCAUAUAUAUUUACAUUCCUACUGAGUUCAAGACUAUUCAUCGAACCUCAUGAGCUAUUAUCAAAAGUAUGUCACGUGUGUAUUGAGCAGCAAAGUCUAGAUGAGCCAGUGCUUGACAAGGCACGAAUUAAAAAAUUUGGACCUAAGAUAAUGCAGCUGCUGACAGAAUGGACAGAAACUUUCCCUUCUGAUUUUCGGGAUGAAAGAAUGAUUGGACAUCUAAAGGACAUGAUCCACAGGAUAGCUCCUUGUGAUGAGAGUUAUUGGAAGACAAUGAAUCAGCUUUUGCAAACCCUGAACCAAAAACUGGCAACUCUAAAUCAAGAUGAAGAAAACACAGUCAAAGUUAAUGCUAGUGUGUCUGAUAAAUUGGUUAUCAUCAAAACAAAGCCGCCAUCUAUUCAAAGGGAUGUACUAAGUAUCUGCAAUGACCCUUAUACACUGGCACAACAGCUGACUCAUAUCGAACUGGAACGAUUGAGUUUUAUUGGUCCAGAAGAAUUUGUGCAAGCAUUUGUACAUAAGGAUUCUUUGGAUAACCCAAAGUCUUGCUUCAGUGACCAAAAGAAAACAGACAAUCUUGAAGCCUAUGUCAAAUGGUUCAAUAGACUCUGCUAUUUAGUAGCUACAGAAAUAUGCAUGCCAGCGAAGAAGAAACACAGAGCACAAGUAAUAGAAUUUUUUAUUGACGUUGCUCGAGAGUGCUUUAAUAUUGGCAACUUUAAUUCCUUGAUGGCAAUUAUAUCUGGUAUGAAUAUGAGUCCUGUUUCUAGGCUAAAGAAGACCUGGGGGAAAGUUAAAACAGCAAAAUUUUUCAUUCUUGAGCAUCAAAUGGAUCCUACAGGUAACUUCUACAACUACAGAACAGCUCUCCGAGGGGCAGCUCACCGGUCCCUGACUGCACAGAGUAACCGAGAAAAGAUUGUUAUCCCAUUCUUCAGUCUACUGAUCAAAGAUAUUUACUUCUUAAAUGAGGGUUGCGCAAACCGUCUUCCUAAUGGCCAUGUCAAUUUUGAGAAAUUUUUAGAAUUGGCCAAACAAGUAGGAGAAUUUAUGAUGUGGAAACAGGUGACAUGUCCUUUUGAAGAUGAUCAAAAUAUCAUUCAUUAUCUUCAUACAGCCCCUGUCUUCUCUGAGGAUGGUUUGUAUUUGGCAUCGUAUGAAAGUGAAAGUCCAGAAAACCAGCUUGAAAAAGACAGAUGGAAAACUUUAAGAUCAACACUCUUGGGAAAGACAUGAGUGUAUAGAAACAGUAAAAUGCAAAUCUACAAAUAUCAUAGCUUGCACUAUUGACUUCAGAAACCAGCAGAGACCUAGGUUUCCUUAUGAGCUUUGAUGAGCAGGAUUCAUCAAUCAGAAUUAUACAGAUACAGGGAAAAGAAAAUAUUCCCCACUCCAACCCAUCUCUGAAUAAGCAGUAUUUAAAUUAUACAGAUCCUAUUAAUGGAAAACUGGAUAACAAAAAACACAAAAAUACAGAAAACUGAAAUCUGUGACUGAUUUAGACAAAUAAGACUGCAAGACAUGCAGUCACUUUUCUCUCAAACGUUGGAUAGAUACAACAGUAAAUACAUCAUUUUUUUUAAUAUUCUGGGCACUGGAUUGCUCAUGUUUUGAACUCUAACCGAAAUGGGUUUGAACAUGUGAACUGAACUCAAGAAGCAGAAGAUACACUGUGCAAAGGUAACUGCUCUUUAUCUCAACUGAAAAAAAACACUUCCAUAUGCAGGAAGAUUCUACUAGACUGACAUUCAGUUGUGGAUAUUACUUGUUAAUUCUGUAGAGCACAUAUUUUGUGUUGUAAUAUUUUACUCAAUGGGUACCUGAUCUGAUCACAUGCAUGCAUUUAAAAUGUCUCAUUAAAGUUUGAAUUAUUGUGACAUUUUUAACUCGCUUGCUUAGCAAGACUAGAUGAUACAAUUCAUCACUUAACAUUAUUUAAACAACAUAGGAAUACAUAAUGUAAAUAUUAAUCUGACUUUCUUAUGUGCCCUUUGAGAUAUGGAAAAAAUUUUGGGUUAUAAGUAUCGUUUGUCAGUAUGCCUUGUUCACAUUAAAUCACAGAUUAAGACAACAGAUUUAAACCUGAUAAUCCUCCAUUAUCUUUUUAUUACAAUUUAAGACUGUAGUUACAUUACCGGUGAAGUAAUGUAACAGUAGUAUGUUAAAUCUCCAUAAAACUUUAUUCACUAUAUCAGGUUUAAAUUGGGCAGAAACAUACUGUUCCCACAGAAUUUACUAAUUUUGUUAUGUAAAUGUGACUUUCACAUACUUCUACUAAUCCUUUUUAAUUUAUAGUAAAAAAAGAUUAAUGUUGUUGAUUGCUAUCUGUACAGUCAUGGUGGUGAUGAAUAUUGAGGAAGAACUAAAUCUGUAUGAUAACUUUGUAUGAUUCCACAGUUAAUUAAAAUUCUGGAAAUUAAAGCCAUUGAAAGUACACACAAUAGUGACAGACAUAUAUAAUGGCAUUUACUUGUUAUUUAAGUGCAAGAUAUUUUUGUAGCACAUAAUAUUGUAAAUGGUGUCACAUAUUUGCCAAACUAGUAUUAUAUGACUGAUGUCAUAUGUAUAUCAUGUUGAUCAUCUGUGCGCUGCAUCCAUUUGCAAGCACUUGUUUUACGAACAAUUUUUUUGUAAAUUGUAUGUCAAUUAAUUUUAUAAUCCAAUGGGGAUAAUCACAAGCACUCAUAACUCGACACAGCGGAUAUCUUUCUGUCUUGAGUGGUGAUGAAUUUGGCAAAACUGUUGGCUGUACUUGGACACAAUGCUUCACAGGUGUUAUAAGGCUUAAAAUGUGUACAGCUCUCCAUAUUGUGCUGGUACAUACUUGCCAUUCUGACACUUCACACUUGGAAAAUCUGUUUGUUGUCAAAUGCUUCCUAUGAAGAGUCUAAAUAGCAUGAUUCCUUCAACAGUUUUGUAGCUGUAUGCUUUACUUGGUUUAAAAAAAUGAAAUUGCAGCUGUAGUGUUUAAAAAUUGAUUUUUUUUAUACUGCUGUAUGAGAUUAUUAAUGGAAAUGUUGAUAAUAUUCUGGCUAAUUUAUCUGUGCAUAGAAUUUAUAUAUUAUGUGUAAUUUAUACUGUGUUCUAACAGUUUGGCUGAAUGGUUGUCAAUUUCUAAUUUUUGUACCCAUAGUUGUGAAUGUUUUAAACUCUUCUAAUAAAUGAAGCAAGCAGUUAUAACCAUGAUACAAA